GGUGUAGAAUCAAGAUACGACACGCCGCUAAAUUCCAGAGAUGGACAAAAAAACAAAAAACAAAAAAAUAUUGGUAUAAAGAAUAAAUAGGUGUUAAAACUCUGAAUCAAAUCUCAAGAUCUCAGCGAAGGCGCAGAGAAGGAAGAAGAGGAAUGGAUUCGGUGGAGAAGGGCUUGCUCGUGGUGAGCCAUGGAGAAGAAGUAAACAAGAAAGAUGGUUUUUUGCGGGAGAUGAAGAAGCUUGGUUACAUCGCCGGUCCUAUGGUUGCGGUGAACUCGUCUAUGUACGUUCUUCUUGUGAUAUCCACUAUGAUGGUUGGUCAUCUCGGUGAGCUUUUCCUCUCUAGCACCGCCAUUGCCAUUUCUUUCUGCAGCGUCACAGGUUUCAGCCUCGUCUUUGGAUUGGCUAGUGCGUUGGAGACUUUAUGUGGUCAAGCACAUGGAGCUAAACAAUUCGAAAAGCUUGGAGUUCAUACUUACACUGGGAUUGUCUCUUUGUUUCUUGUUUCUAUUCCUUUGUCUGUGCUCUGGAGUUACAUGGGUGAUAUACUCUCAUCUAUUGGACAAGAUCCUCUGGUUGCUCAAGAAGCUGGAAAGUUUGCAACUUGGCUCAUACCCGCCCUCUUUGGUUAUGCUACUUUGCAGCCACUUGUUCGGUUUUUCCAAGCGCAGAGUCUCAUUUUGCCUCUGAUUAUGAGCUCAAUCUCUGCUCUCUGUGUCCAUGUUGUUCUCUGCUGGAGCUUGGUCUUUAAAUUUGGGCUUGGGAGCCUCGGUGCAGCUAUUUCGAUCGGCGUUUCUUACUGGUUAAAUGUGAUUGUUCUUACAUUGUAUAUGAUGUUUUCUUCCAGCUGUAGCAAGAGCCGUGCACCCAUCUCCAUGACUUUGUUUGAAGGAAUGGGAGAGUUUUUCCGGUUUGGAAUCCCAUCUGCCUCUAUGAUUUGCCUCGAGUGGUGGUCAUUUGAGUUCUUAGUCAUACUUUCUGGUCUUUUACCAAAUCCGAAGCUAGAAACCUCUGUUCUCUCAGUCUGUCUAUCAACAAUCUCCUCCUUGUACCAAAUACCAGAGAGUCUUGGUGCAGCAGCAAGCACAAGAGUUGCAAAUGAGUUAGGAGCUGGAAACCCGAAACAAGCUCGAAUGGCGGUUUACACAGUGAUGGUUAUAGCAGGUGUAGAAUCAAUAAUGGUGGGUGCAAUAGUUUUUGCCGCAAGAAACGUAUUUGGUUACCUAUUCAGCUCUGAAACAGAAGUUGUGGAUUACGUAAGAUCAAUGGCUCCACUGGUUUCUUUGUCUGUCAUAUUUGAUGCCCUACACGCAGUCCUUUCAGGUGUGGCUAGAGGAUCAGGGAGGCAAGAUAUUGGGGCUUAUGUAAACCUAGCUGCGUACUAUCUCUUUGGUAUACCAACAGCUAUUGUAUUAGCCUUUGGGUUUAAAAUGAGAGGAAGAGGGCUCUGGAUUGGGAUCACAGUUGGGUCCUUUGUUCAAGCUGUUUUGCUCGGUCUUAUCGUCAUCCUCACCAACUGGAAACAACAGGCGAGAAAGGCAAGAGAAAGAGUUAUGGGUGAUGACUUUGAAGAGAAAGAUAGUGAAGAACAUGAAGAGAUCAUCAGCUAAACUAAUCAAGAGUUCCAUCACCAUCUUCUCCAUUAAAUGUUGUGUGUUUUAAUUUUCUUUGUACGAUUUCUGGUGUUGUUGUUUUCGAGUAGAGUAAUGAGGAUAUUGAAUGUUCACAUGUACGUGCACAUGAGUUUUCGCCUCUAUUUUCUUUCCAUACACAUGACAUGAUCUUUGCUU